AAUAAAUGGAGUAAUAAAAAAAACUCUCAGAACAACGCAACGCAUAUUACUGCACUUUUCCUUUUCUACCAACUACCGCUUAUUCAUAUUUCCAAAAAACCAAAAAAAAAAAAAAAAAACUACCGCUUAUUCAUGUCUGACCGCCAUGUCUGUCAUCGUCACACUGUCACGUCCCUUUCUCACUAACAUCCCCUACAGAAAACCGCCGUCUCACUUUUUCAGGAACCCCCAAAUCCACCUCCUCAAAUCCCAUUCCUUUCAGCCCCUUCUUGCUUCCAGAAGAAUCCCCAAUUUCCCUCAGGGGACUGACGAUCUUGUGGAUGGCCCGCGUAGUUGGAGCCGUUCGAUGACUCCGGAGUUCGAUGAUGAUCAAGAAGUAGAUGAGGAUGAAGAGGAAGAGGAAGAUAGGAGUUUGGAUCUGUUAGUUAGAUUUGUUCAAAACGUAUUUAGAAAGAUAUCUAAACGAGCAAGGAAAGCCGUACGAGCUGUUUUGCCUGUCUCCAUCCCUAGUAAUCUGGUGGGAUUCUCCGUUAAUGGAGUCCUGAUACUGGCAUUUUUGUGGGUUUUAAAGGCAUUUCUUGAGGUGGUUUGCACUCUUGGAAGUGUUGUGUUUGUAAGCAUCUUACUCAUACGUGGGAUUUGGACUGGGGUAACUUACAUGCAAGAAAGCCGUGAACAAAGGAUCAAUGAACCUGUUGAUGACCAGCGUGCGUGGACUGGUGCACAGCCUGCCACUUGAUUUGCAACCUUAAAGUAAGGAGACUGGAGAAAAAGUCUCAAUAAAAUUUACACACAACUGCAUUCUUAAAGAAAUGCCUCCUGCAGCCAGAGAAGCUGAGAAGAUGGCUGCUGAUUGUUGUCUUUCAGCCAACCAUUUUAUUUGAUUUCAGAGUAAUUUAUGAACACAAGUAUUGCUAAGAUGUCAAGGAGUAGUUAGUUGUGAUGCAAGCUGCAAAUUUGAUAGAUUGUUAUGUUAAAAUCACCAAAAAUAAGAAGCAAAAGAGAAAAGCUUUAUUCGUGUGGAUGAAUGAAACUCCUUAUUUCUUGAUUCAUAUGGUAUACAAGCAAUAAGGUGUGAAUUUUCCCUUUUUUUUGCUAA